GAUUCCUUGCCUUUGAAGACAGUCUUCUCAUGAAAUAUUUGUUGAAGCAAAUAUCUUGCAGCUAAACUGAUUUCUAAAUAAAAACUUCAUAUAUGUCUUGUGUCACUAGUUUGAACAAAAAUUGCAAAGUAAAAUUUGGAAGAAGGCCAAACCCAUUUGCAUAGCCAUUUAAAGAAAAUUAGUGCAAAUACAUUACCAGUGGUACCUGGCACCAUGUAAGCAGACGAAAGGAACCAUUAGUGUUGGACACAAUAUGAAAGAAAAGAAUCUUCCUGCACGCGUAUUAAGAAUACUAUAGAAGAGCAGUGUUUUUAAAGAUAAGUAGCAAAUAAAGUUAUUGCGAAAAGCAAAGGUUGGCUGCCCGCUGUGAUUGUGAUGGAUCAGAGUCCACAGGAGGCUCUUUAGUUGGAGAAAGACCAUAGCUAACAAAAUUCUUAAAUUGUAGAGGGAGAGAGCGCUCUUACUUUUAUUAUGUUGUGGUGCAGUAUCAAGUACAGUGGGAGCCCUGGUCUGUUGGGCAUCCGAGCAUUACUGGCAGUGUUAUUGCUGCCUGUACUUGAUAAAGAACAGAUCCCCCUAUUGUAAUGGCGUAGUGGAAUGACUUCUAGGAAAUCCCUUUGGUUGUAAAUAACUAAAAAAUAAAACACAGGCCCAAAGAUCUACCUGUCUAAAAUCUGAGUAAAAUACACAAAAGGGAGAUUGACUAACACAAAUCCUCUCUUGCGGAUAAUAUAGGCUGUGGAUAAUAGUUAAUGUACAAAAAUAUAAAAAUUGUUACUCAUAAAGCUAUUUUAAGCGUUAAGUAGGACUUGAAAGAGGGACUGAAUUCAGCUAAGGGAGAAGGAGGAAGAGUUAUGUAUUUGUGGUGUCUUCCCCAGCUCUCAUGAGUGAUGUAAGUAUAUUAAGAACUGUGACUAUAUAAAUAUCUUGGCUGCCAUACAAGUGCCCUACAUAGUGUUUGGAAAUGAGGGAACUGAACAGUGUAGGUGUUGAACCAGCUUUAGAUGUUUUACCUUCCUUUUUCCCAGGCACAAAAAUAUGGACCUAAGAAUGGCGUAUCAGCUCAGACCAAAGAGUUGGAAGAAUCCAGGGAUUUCAUGCUUUGAAUGACGGGCGUCUUACAAGAUUACCACAGCUAAAUUGAAAAGGCAGAUGCAGCUCUGAGUACCAGAUUGAGCUUGGGUGUGCACUGCAUGUACACGAAAACGCACAUGUUUUUGUCAUCACGUAGAGUUACUCUUGCAUAUUCCUGAGAGCUUUGCAAUUGAUGAAAAUUAAUUUGAGAACCAGAUGGAGCACCUUCAUAGCACAGGAAUCAGUAACCCAUGGAAAGACACCUGCCAGUAAUGUUCAACUUUCUACAUGGUCUUUACUGGUGAAAAAAGUUUGCAAGAAGAGGAAGAAAAAACACACUCUGCACAGGAAACGCCUAAUAAAUACCUCCACAAUCUAAAUCAAUAGCUGCGAGGGAAACAGAAGAAUACAGAGGGUAGAGGAAACUGAUUUUGUUACUGCAGAGGAAUAAUGUGUGGUCUUUGGCACAUUUUGCUUUGGGCUCAAUAGAUUGUGAAUGGACUAAUAAAUCGUGACCAUAUGUUGAGUAAUGAUGACUGGAAGUAAAUAAGUUGAGGAACUAUGGGACAAGUCUGGGCAUUGAACUGAGCAAAUCUCAUCGUCCUUCUUGAGUUAACCAGGUCAUCAAACUUGCAUAUUCUUUCUUCCUCUCCUUUUUCCUCUUUUCACUUAGUGUGGUAUAAAUACUAAUUAAUUGAGCUCAUAAAUGUUAUUCAAAUAAAACAAUUGGAAUACUUCAUAUGUUUCCUUCUUGUACAGCUGCAAAUGUUGUGUCUGGAACUAUGAAUCUGUGCUGUAGACAAGCAUCAAGAAGGAAAGAUCCGCUCAAACAAGCAAGGAAAAUACUUAGAGAAAUAGUGAACCCAGGAAGUCAGAUUUUUAAUGCUGCUUCUCUUUCUUUUUUAGAUGAUUAUAUUUCUUCCUUCCUUGAAUUUUAGAAGAUUUUGAAAGAGUGCUUACUUGAUGUGCUUUAAUUCUGGCAUUUGUUUUUUACGGUAGGAUGAAAAGUCUGUGAUUCCUUGUAGCAAAAAAAAAAAAAAAAAAGGGAAAAGUAAAGGAAAAACAGCUUGACAUUUUAGCCUGUUUCAGAGGAGAGAAAACUUCAUGGUUCACCUGAGGCAAACUUAUCUGCUUUGAGAGCUAAAAGCUUUAGAGCAUUUUUGAUUCUGCUAUAAAUGAAGAGGGGGUUUCUUUUUCAUUCGUGUGUGGCAGCAAAAAGUGGGAAAGCAGGCAAGAUAGCGUGAUAAACAGUUCAGGCUGUGUUGGGUCUCUGGUGGAAAAAAAGUGCUGCAAUGAAAAUUGGAUUGGCUUUGGAUUGCAAAAACUUUUGAGUCCAACAAGCAGUUCAGUACCAAGAGGGAUUUCCCAGCUGGCCUGGCACACCAGUGCCUGCACAAGUUCGGGUCUGUUGUUUCGCACGGUUUGUGUGCCUUUUUUUCCCUUUAUGCAAUCUCUUUCAGCUUUAGCAGCAGAAAUACAUCAGAUGGAAAAGAUAUGCCAGAGGGCAGCUUGGAAAAGAUGAAUGUCAUAUAUAUACAUAUAUAUGUAUGUGCGUGUGUUUAAAUUUCUGCAACUGAACUUUUGAAGAAAAUCUGACUGGAGGAAAUCUUAAAAGCCUUAAGUUACUUGAAACCUACACAUUUGCAACUCUUUGUCUCUGGAAUUGCAUUACGCUAAACUGGAAUCUCAGGCUGUAUAAAGAUUAUAUCAAGUUGAGCAAAAAGAUGACUUAACCAUUUCUUGAGCGCCUCUUAUGAAGUAGCUGUUUCUCCAAAGGAUAAGUGCACCCUCACUCUACAGACUCAAAAACAAAAAUGAACCUGAAUUUUUUUUUAAGUGUUACUUUUUCUUAGCCAACUGCCAUCAUCUUUUAUAGAGGAAUUUUUCACUAUGCAUUUGGUGGAUAUUUAUAAACACUGACCCCAUCUUCCUCCCUUUCAAUGAUCUAUCCCAGGUCAGUCUUAUCAAUAAAAAAAAAAAUUGGUUUAAAUUUUGUGCACUAGACAUAUUACUUUCUUAUGUCAAAAAAUAAAAUAUUUAAAAAGCAUGUAUGCAGCAGUGGAACAUGGGCCUGUUCUUUGCAGCGAUUCCAACAUCCUCUGCCUCUCCUGGAAAGGCAGAGUCCCCAAAAGUGAGAAGGAGAAACCAGUGUGCAGGAGGCGGUACUAUGAGGAAGGCUGGUUGGCAACAGGCAAUGGCAGAGGAGUUGUAGGCGUCACUUUUACUUCCAGCCAUUGCAGGAGGGACCGGAACACCCCUCAGAGAAUCAACUUCAAUUUGAGGGGCCACAACAGUGAGGUUGUGCUGGUGAGAUGGAACGAACCAUUCCAGAAAUUAGCAACCUGCGAUGCAGAUGGAGGAAUAUUUGUUUGGAUACAAUAUGAAGGCAGAUGGUCUGUGGAGCUUGUGAAUGAUCGAGGGGCACAGGUAAGCGACUUUACAUGGAGCCAUGAUGGGACUCAAGCACUUAUCUCCUAUAGAGAUGGAUUUGUGCUGGUCGGUUCAGUCAGCGGGCAAAGACACUGGUCUUCAGAAAUAAACUUGGAGAGUCAGAUCACCUGUGGCAUAUGGACUCCAGAUGACCAACAGGUGCUGUUUGGCACUGCUGAUGGACAAGUUAUUGUCAUGGACUGCCAUGGCCGAAUGCUGGCCCAUGUGCUCCUUCAUGAGUCAGAUGGCAUCCUCAGCAUGUCCUGGAACUACCCCAGCUUCCUGGUGGAGGACAGCAGCGAGAGCGACACAGACUCCGAUGACUAUUCCCCACCACAAGAUGGACCAGCUGCCUAUCCAGUCCCCGUGCAGAACACCAAGCCACUACUUACUGUCAGUUUCACGUCGGGAGACAUCAGUUUAAUGAACAAUUAUGAUGACUUGUCUCCUACUAUCAUCCGCUCAGGGUUGAAAGAUGUGGUGGUACAGUGGUGUACACAAGGAGACCUACUUGCAGUAGCAGGCAUGGAGAAGCAAAGCCAGCUAGUUGACCUCAGCAAUGGUUCCCUGUUGAAAAGCGCACUUGUCAAGUUCUACAACGUGCGCGGGGAACAUAUCUAUACUCUGGAGACACCUGUGCAGCGUCCCAUCAUCUCAAUCUGUUGGGGUCACAGGGAUUCCCGCCUGCUGAUGGCUUCCGGACCUGCAUUAUACGUUGUCAGAGUCGAGCACAGGGUCUCCAGUCUGCAGCUGCUGUGCCAGCAGACCAUCGCUAGCUGUCUGCGGGAUGACAAGGAUAUCAGCAAACUGACCCUGCCCCCUCGGCUCUGCUCGUACCUCACCACUGCCUUUAUACCAACAAUCAAGCCUCCUAUCCCAGACCCGAACAAUAUGAGAGAUUUUGUCAGCUACCCAACAGCUGGUAAUGAACGGCUUCACUGCACAAUGAAGCGGACAGAAGAUGACCCAGAGGUCGGUGGUCCAUGUUAUACUCUGUACCUGGAAUACCUUGGGGGACUGGUGCCUAUCCUGAAAGGACGUCGUAUCAGCAAGUUGCGGCCAGAGUUUGUCAUCAUGGAUCCUAAAACAGAUGGAAAAGCAGAUGAAAUCUAUGGAAACAGCUUGAUUUCCACUGUGAUUGACAGCUGCAACUGCUCGGACUCCAGCGAUAUUGAACUGAGUGAUGACUGGGCAGCAAAGAAAUCUCCCAAAAUCAGUCGAGCUAGCAAAUCACCCAAACUCCCCAGAAUCAAUAUUGAAGCUCGCAAAUCUCCAAAGAUGUCACGAGCUGCGCAGGAGAUAUCAAGAUCACCAAGAUUACCAAUAAGAAAACCUUCUAUUGGUUCACCAAGCCUAACCCGAAGAGAGUUUCCUUUAGAAGAUAUUACUCAGCACAACUACCUUGCUCAGGUCACAUCUAAUAUCUGGGGAACAAAAUUUAAAAUUGUGGGUUUGGCUGCUUUCCUACCAACUAACCUUGGUGCAGUAAUAUAUAAAACCAGUUUGCUGCAUCUUCAGCCCAGGCAGAUGACAAUAUAUCUCCCGGAAGUGCGGAAGAUUUCAAUGGACUACAUUAACCUUCCUGUCUUUAAUCCAAAUGUUUUCAGCGAAGACGAAGAUGAUUUACCGGUGCCCGGUGCCCCUGGUGCCCCUGCCAGCAGUCCGCCGUGCACCGUCAACAUCCCCAUCGCCCCCAUCCACAGCUCUGCCCAGGCCAUGUCGCCCACACAGAGCAUCGGCCUGGUCCAGUCACUUCUGGCCAAUCAGAACGUGCAGCUGGACGUGCUGGCCAAUCCGCCGGCAGAAGCAGGGGGCGAAGGGGCGGGGCCCUUCCCGGGGGUGCCGGGCCGCUUUCCUGGCCCCGGGGCUGGGGCGCUGGCUGGGGGGGAGCUGGGUCGUGCCCCUCCCGUGCCCCCCACCCUUGCCCCGCUGCCCCCCACACCCCCUGCCAUUGCCCUGGCCGACCUGCGGGACCAUAGCGACCGUGAGCACGAGCCCCCACCCAAGGCCAAGGCCCCGCGGCCGGGACCUCAGCUGGUGGAAGGGGACGCCGUCAUCUUUGGGGCCACCCAGGAGCUGCAGCUGACCAAGAUGAACCCUCCACCGCCCUACCCUGGCACAAUCCCUGCUGCACCUACGGCCGCCCCACCGCCUCCACCCGGCCCCCCGCAGCCACCCCUCGACCUCUGUCUGAAAAAGGGGGAAUUCUCCCUCUACCCAGCAGGGCACUACCAGACACCCCUGGGGUAUGAGCGGAUAACAACUUUUGACAGCAGUGGGAAUGUGGAGGAGGUGUGCCGGCCUCGCACCAGGAUGCUCUGUGCCCAGAGCACCUACACCCUGCCAGGGCCCGGCAGCUCCGCCACCUUGCGCAUCACCGCCUCUGAGAAGAAAAUGCAGCAGCCCUGCACCAGCGCCACCCUGAAUCGGCUCACAGUCCCCCGUUACUCCAUCCCAACUGGGGACCCACCGCCCUACCCUGAUAUUGCCAGCCAGCUGUCCCAGGGCAGAAGCAUCACGCAGAGGCUGGACAGCAGUAUCAUUCAUGCAACUCUGCGGAGGAACAGCAGAGAGGCAGCCCUGAAAAUGGCUCAGCUGGUGGACAGUCAGAGAGCCACCUUGCAACUUCCCCCGAAGGCCAAGAGCAGUGUUGUGACAGCGCAAUACCAGCAGAGAGUACCCACCGCCCUGUACACCUGCAGUCAGUGCAGCAGUGGCGGCAGCAACGCAAGCGCUGGUGGUGUGGGCAACAUCACUAGUGCCAACGCUAGUAGCAGCACUUCCAGUAUUGGUGGCAUGAGACCUGAUCUGAGCACGGCGAGUGGCUCCCAGCACAGCUCUGUCAUCGCUCACUCUGUCAGUACUUCGCCUCUGGCCUCCCAGUCCUCUUACAGCUUGCUGAGCCCACCUGACAAUUCCCGUGACCGAGCAGAUUAUAUCAACUCUGCCUUCACGGAGGAUGAGGCCCUUUCUCAGCAUUGCCCAGUAGAGAAGUCAAUACGGCAUGUACCUGUGUCCUUGACGGAGGCUGCCCUUGGUGUAAAACGGCCACCACCGUACCAGUGGGACCCUAUGGUGAGUGAAGAGAUAUGGGUUCCUCAGGAAAGGACAGCUCAGAGCUCAGUGCCCAACCCUCUAAAACCUACUCCUCUCAUCAUUGGUCAAACUCAACAUCUGGAUAUGUCUCGAGUGCCAUUUGUUUCCCCCAAGUCCCCAACCAGUCCCACUGCCACUUUCCAGGCGAGUUAUGGGGUUGGAGUACCUUACCCAGGAAGCUACAAUGCCCCUCCCCUUCAGGGAAUGCAGCCCCCCUGCUCCCCCAAAGAAGCUCUGGCCCCAACGCAGUUUGCACAGCAGGAGCCCACAGUUGUGCUUCAGCCAGGUUAUCCAUCCAACCUCUCCUAUUGCCCUUUGCCACCCAUGUAUCCGGGAAGUAGCGCCUGCUCUAGUUUACAGCUGCCACCAAUCGCCUUGCACCCCUGGAGCUCCUACAGCGCCUGUCCACCCGUACAGAACCCCCAGGGCACGUUGCCUCCCAAGCCACUCCUUGUGGUGGAGAAGCCGGUGAUGUCUCCUCCGCCGGCAGAGCUGCAGGGCCAUGUGGGUACAGAGGUAAUGGUGGAGACAGCAGACACCUUCCAGGAGGUACUCUCCUUGACAGAAAGCCCCGUUCCUCAAAGGACAGACAAAUUUGGCAAGAAGAGCCGCAAGCGCCUGGACAGUCGAGCCGAGGAAGGAAACGUGCAAGCUAUCACUGAGGGCAAGGUCAAAAAGGAGGCAAGGACGCUGACCGACUUCAAUUCGCUAAUAUCCAGCCCUCGGCUGGGGAGGGAGAAGAAGAAAGUCAAGAGCCAGAAAGACCAGCUGAAGUCCAAGAAGCUAAACAAAACGAAUGAGUUUCAGGACAGUUCAGAGAGUGAGCCAGAGCUUUUUAUCAGCGGGGAUGAACUGAUGAACCAGAGCCAGGGCAGCAAAAAGGGUUGGAAAACCAAAAGGAGUUUGAGGACAGCCAGUGAGCUGGACGAAUUCAAGUGCCGGAAGGCCAGCGAGAAGGAGGACGGGAGGCUGGGGAGCCAGGGCUUUGUGUAUGUGAUGGCCAACAAGCAGCCGCUGUGGAAUGAGGCAACUCAAGUCUACCAGCUGGACUUCGGAGGGCGGGUGACCCAAGAGUCAGCAAAAAACUUCCAGAUUGAGCUGGAAGGACGACAGGUGAUGCAGUUCGGAAGGAUUGAUGGCAAUGCUUACAUUUUGGACUUUCAGUAUCCAUUUUCUGCAGUGCAAGCCUUUGCUGUUGCUCUGGCUAAUGUAACUCAACGCCUCAAAUGAACAAGUAGAGACUGGAGAGAGGAAAUGUUAACCUUCUCAUAAAGUCCAAACCGGAAAAUGUCAGGGCAGCCUGCUUUAGGUGUGCAGAGGUGCCUGGGAGCAAAGAAGGCAGUAAAACUGGAAAAGUCUCUUGGUGCCCAACAGAAGGGCAUUAAACUCUAAUCAGUCACGGGGUAGAGGGUGGGGGGCUGUUUUCUGUUUUGGUUUUUUUGUUCGUUUGUUUGUUUUCAGGUGUUUUCUUUCUUUUUAAGCAUUGUGCUGGGUCUCAGAAAGAGCGAAGGGUUGAGAGCCAUUCAGUGUUACGUGGAGAAGUGUGGCUUUUGGCUUGUUGUGGUGGUUCUGCCGUGUUUGCUACAGUAGCUGAUAUAAGUUUAUAGAGGGAUUAAAAACAACUGCUCUUUUUGAUAGACUGCCUUAUAUCAUGCUGUUCUUUUUAAAACAGGGAACAUAACUUUUUUUCUGGUCCAGUUUGUACUACUACUACUAUUACUACUACUACGACUACAACAUCAGUGAUAGCAGCAAAAAAAAAGAAAAAAAGAAGCUAUGAUACUUGAAGACAUGUGUUUCUUCUCUGAUCUUUGACAAUAACUAAGCACCACAAGUUCCAUGGAGGCUUUAGGUCAAUGUGUAAUAUAUAAAUAAUGAUGUGUUAUUCAGAAGAGAAACAGUUGUUACCAAUGGGUGGUUUAAAAACCCAUGUAUCAAAGAAGUUGACGUCUGCUUGUUUUGUGUGCUGUUAUUGGGGAUAAACAUCUUUCAGCAGGUGACAGAAGAUAGAGGAGGAAAUAAUUACAAGCAUUGUAAUUCUUGUUAUUGGGGAUAAACAUGCUUCAGUAGGUGACAGAAAAUAGGGAGGGAGUAUCUAUGAACAUUGCUUCUUUGCUCAUGUUGAUCAGCAGUAUUCUCCGAUUUGGCCUGUAGUUGGGAGAGGUACAGUGUGACCACGUGUGCCUCCAGGGCCACACCUGUACAUGCUCCUCAUUCAGAUGUGUUUACACUUUAUAAACAAAGUUUUUCAACCCAAUGAGAAGGCCUAGUGUAUUCGGUCUUCUUAGCAAUUGGUAUGAAUCAAAUUCUACAAAAGUGUAUCAGUGCUUGAAUUAGGAAGUAGACAGAAGUAUAACGAGUCAUUAUAGGAGGCAAUUUCAUCAGGAAAGCACUUUCAUUACAAGAAACAACAUCAAGGCUGGAGAACAAGUGAGUUGAAAGAGGAAGGAAAAAUUGGACAGAAUCAUCCCUUUUAUCACCUUGCUACUUGAGUAGUCUUUGUGACUAUGGUUUGAGAAUAUAAUGCUCCAGAUAAGAGUGGGAAGCCAAAGUUUAGGUGGAGUGUUCUAGAGGAAGGCUUAAUAGCUGUAGCAUGGCUCUGCAGUUCUUUCUGGUGGACAUGCAGACCUGUUGAGCAUUUCAGAAGGGUUGCUUGCACAGAAGAGUUUCUGUGUUGUCCAUAUGUUGUGCACAUAUUUAUUUGCUUUCUCUCUUUCCUCCUUGCCUGCAUUUUGCUACAGAAUAUGUUUUUGUAUGGAAGUAGUUUCCCCAGUGAUACACAAAACCCAAAACUAUUCAUUUGAUUAUUUGGACAUUCAAUUACAAAACUUAGCUGCAGAUUUCCCUCAGAAAUUACUCUUCUGAAGUGAAAGGCACACUGAGAAAGAUAUAUUGGCUGAGGUGUCAAUGGGCUGCUUUGUCUUUGUCUUUCAUCCACAGUUCAACGUCUUACUUGAAAAACUUGAUAUAACUUAAGAUGAAUAGGUGUGAUUUUCUCUCUUUGCUUUUCUUAAAUCCUAACGGUAGGGCAGAUGUGCGUUGUGCUUGAUUCAUUCCAGAGGAACAUAUUACCUAAGAUAAGACCCUGCUGUAGUAGAAGUUACCAACACACAGUGAGCUUUUAACUUCUGCUCUGCUGAGGCUUCUAGAGCUGUGCAGCACAGAGGGGGUAAUGCCAGUCAGAGAGCAGUUUCAGAGUUGCCAAGGGAGAUGACAAGGCAGAUCAUCCACAGGUAAUGUCCUGCCGGGUAAGUCCAGCAAAAACCACAUGCAAGAUGGUUUCCUUGGAGCAAGAAAGCAGAAGUAGGAAGGAAGGAGGGGGAAAGUAGGUGGUACUGUGCCUGUGUAGUCCCAAAGCUCGGUGGCUUCUGCUUACGUGUGGAAGUGGUCAGGUGCGACAUUCUCCUUGUCAUCUAGCAGAUCGUCAUCUGCUUUAAUUAAUUAUUUUUGUUAAUUUCCAUCAGUUGUCUGGGCCCAUUUUUAUUCUUUCUCACAUGCAUGAUUUAUUCAGCAGUUUGAGUGCCUGUAUGUAUAAUGCGUGUGGAAUGGAGGAACCAAAAUGGGUUUGGUUCUGGUCCCUUUAAAAUCCAAGUGUUUCCCUUGGGUUUUUGUGGAGAAAGCCCUUUGUCUUAUAUUGAGUUACACGCUGUACAAACAGUGAGCUGAAUUCUCAGCCCACUGAUUCCAAUACACAAGGAGGAAAGCUGGCUGAUGAGAGUCCUUACCUGCCCUUAGGUCUGUGCUAACCAGUCAUACCCUAAUUAGAGUAUAACAGGCACACACUGAACAUGGUAAGAGAAGAAACAUACCAUGGCUUGCUUGCUGGCUGGCUGAGGAAAGGGCCGCUCAGUCACAUUAGACAUCUUCAGCUGGAAGGAACAUCACUGGUGGUUUUAAGCCAGAAUUCUCGUUAUGUGGAAACAACAUGAAUGGUUUUUCUGAACAAAAUAUAAUCCGAAUAGAAGGACUUCUCUGUGCAAUCUCUUUAACCUUCCAGGGGUCAGUAUUCCUCUUCACUUGGUUCAUUGCCAAACUUUUUCCGAUUAUCAGUAGGUUUAUGCUGAUGGAAAACCAAGAAAUGAAACCCAGUACAACAAGUAGCAGAGUUAGUGCUUUGGUUUCAGUGGCCCAGGUCAUGACUGGGUCCUUCUGAUGGCACUUACAAAGGGCCUUGGCACAGGAGAGACCUGGUUUCUGCCCCAGCAAAGCACAAGGAAUAAUUAUCAUAAAUGAGGGAAAAAAAUGCAAUUUCCAACAUCCUUCCCAUUUACUUGUCAGAACAUGCUAUAAGAUAAGAUUACCUUUUAUCUUUUUGAAAAUAAUUUGACAGAGUCCCUUUAUUCGAGGAUUUCAGUGGCGUAGAGAAUACCCAGUAUUAGAGAGAGAAAAUACUCUCAAAUAUGUAGAAUUUUAAUGAAAGGAAUGGGAAUUAUGUGAAUGUCUGAGCGUGCAACUGGAUCUUAAAUUAUACAGAGGACAAGAGAAAAUGGCAGUUGUUUUAUUUUUCACUGAGAUACAAUACAGGAAAAAAAUUUCAAAGCCCCCGUCCCCCAAAAUAAUCACUUAAAUCCUGAAGAUCACUAUUGCAUUCAGCCAGAAGAUAGAUGUUACAUUUUAUAUCUCUUUAGUAAAACCCAGGUUUUCUGUAGAUAACUAAGUUCUUCUAGGAAGAAUGUAGCAAAGUGUUGAGAAAUGUCUAGUUCUUUUAUACAUACAGUAAUUUCCAGUAGUUAAGUAUGUUUUUUCCAAAGUUGUUUUUUUUUAGUUGUGCAAUACUUACGACAGUCUAGGGGGUUUGUGGGUUUUUGGUUGGGUUUUAUUGUUGGGUUUGUUUGGGGGGUUUUUUGGUGUUUUUUUUUUUGAGGGAGUUUUGAGUGGGUUUUUUUAAAGAUAAUUUAAUGCAGAUCUGUUAAUGUCCAAAAGACAAAUUAUUUAUCUUGCAUAAUGUAAUAAGUGAUUUAGGGAUUAUUUUAUUACUAUGUAUCAGUGAGUUAUACACACUUUCUUAUUUAUAUUUAAAGAGCAUCUUUGUAAGUAAUUGUUUGCUAGCAGUAUGUUUUGCUGCAAGAAGUUAAAAAUGCAUAUAGGAAGACCUGGUUUUGCUGGAUAGCAUGCAAAAUUUUAUAAUGCAGGCAGGCAAAAGUAUUUUUCUGACAGCUGAACGCAGUGAGUUUGCUAUGGAGGACUGUGUAGACUACAAAGAGUGUAGAUGGGACCUGCAGAAACCUGUUCCUCUUCACUGUUUUCCUCCCGUGUUUCUAACUAUAUAUUUCAGUUGGGUGUGGUUUUAAAAAUGCAAGGUUCGAUUUGCUUUCCCUCUUCUUAGUAGAGUGCUUUUUCUUGAGAUAAUAAAAUAAGGUGGCUUACAUGGUAAAAAAGGAUAUAACCAUAUAGGCUCAGUUUGUAAAAAGCAGAGAUACAAGCAAACUGGCUUGGAAUAAGCUAGCUGAGGCACGAGAAAUAGUGUGGCAGUACAUGUGUUUUCCUCUGCUCAGACCAAUAACACUCCUCCUUCAGCUGGGCUCAGCUGAUUCUAGCACAGCCAUAGUGCUUCUGAUAUCUGAGCUAGCACUGUGCAGAGCUUUAUGGAGCUGAGCCCUGACGCUGCCUGCAGCAGCUUUGCUGCUUAAAGAUGCUCCGUCGGAGACCUGGUGGAGCAGGCUCAUCCUCCCCGCAUCCUUCUAGCUCAGUGCCAAGAGCAGCCUGCAGCUGCCACGGGCUUUGGGCUGCAGCAGCUUUGGGCUGCAGCAGCUUUGGGCUGCAGCAGCUUUGGGCUGCAGCAGCUUUGGGCAGAGAAAGCCCCGGUGCCAGCUAGUGGCCAUGGUGGCCAUUUGAAGUCAGAAUCGGCUCCACUGGAGUUGCGAAGGGAUGCAACACAGAACCUGAUUCUUUUGAAAAAAUAUGGCUGAUAUCCUCAAAAUAUAGCUCCUAACAGUCUAGAAAUUGAUACAUAAAGUCUGGUAUAAAGUGUACCAUGCAUGGAGUGGCAAAUUUUAGCUUGAAACAGCAAGAAUAUAAUGUUUCUGCUGCACCCUAAGAAACUGUGAGAAAGAGGGGGGUAAAAGAGGGGGGUAAAAGAGGGAAAAAAGGAAUUAUCGUGUUAAUAAUUUUGCACUCUGUUCCAGAGGCAGCAGUAAUAUGUGCCAUGGGCUGCCUGACUAUUGGUUGUAUGACAGUAAAUCUGUACACAGGUUCAUCUCAGUUAGAUAAACUUCCCUGAGAUGCAACCACAAGCAAAUCAGUUCUAAAUUUCUCUCUCCAGUUUUGUUCCAUUGAUUUUAUGAAGAUACAUGAAGGUGUACAGGUGUCAGACAAAGAUAUCUGACUUUGCUGAAGCCUUGAGCCUAUACUUUCCGUAGGUCCAGGCUUUCCUUGAUGUGUCUUUUUAGUGUUCUCGCAGAAGUUCCAAACACAUUUCGGAGCUUGUCUGAUUGUUGCCUCAGACAAUUUCUGUGCAUUUGCUUUUUGCAGCCUGAUGUGUGUGAUCCUAUGUUAUCUGGGUGCCCUGUUACCUGUCAGAAACAGUUCAAAGUCUCCCAUGAAGAGAGCAACACCUGCAAAAACUUAUUCGAUUGAGAGAAAAGGGAGAGAAGGCAGAGUAAACUUUUACUAGCUUUUAAGAAUGUGUUUCCCAGAGCAGCAGUUUGGAAAAUGCACAUUUCUGCGGAGCCCAAACCACUCCAGACCAGCAAGUCUGACUUGGAGAUUCGUAGUAACAGAUGAGUCACUUGUGCGACAUGCUGACAGAGGGCCGACUUCUAGCCUCACUACAUGGUUACACCAAGAUACAUAGGAGAGUAGAAUCAACCCAAAAUGACCUUUCCCUUUACUGUGGGAUUAUAAUGUAAGAAUGAUUUAAAUGACCCAUAUAUCCUCUUAAGAAAGUUAUAAAGCAUUAGCCAACAACUAUAUUGACAGUUCCAUAUAACCCCCCCUGAAGAAUGCUAGACGUAAAAUCCUGGGCACAGGGCAGUUAUUCAGAUUGUUGCCUUUUAUUCCCAUUUCUAGGAUUCCAUCACAGGAGAGCAAGCUGUUUAUGUUAUUUAGAGAUUGGCAUAAUGGUUUUCCCAGUAUAAGAGAGCAAAUGUUGUCAUACUGCUGACAAAAAUGGAAAAAUUCUGAAAGAUCAAUUUUUUCAUUUUCAAGUCCCUUCACCUUCAAGGCAAGCACAAUCCUCCAUCAGCAAAUACCAAUUUAGAGUCCUGCUACCCUCAGGAGUAGUCUGCAGGUAGGCACCACAGGUCCUCUUUGCAGGGUUGGAAUUUACUUGGACCAUUCUCGAAGGAAUGAGAUUAAUUUCUACUUGUGAACAAUGGGCUAUGUGAAUUAUUUUCUCUUUGUAUUUAUUUAGUUUUCUUCUGAAAAAGUCCUGCAGAGAAGUUUUAAGUUUAGAAGACUCAGCUUUCUGUGUUGCCUGAUAUCUCUGAAGAUGUAUCAGGAGAUAAUUUCUUUGGGCAGUUUGAUUGUUGCUGCAUCUAGAAAAUUAGGUUUUUAAGACAGAAGCAAUUAACCGCGUAAAAGAAUGAAGUAGGAUUCAGUGAAGCAAUUCUUGCUAAGAAAAUGAAAAACUUCACCCUUCAACUUUUGACUGUGCAAAUGGACCUAUAGUGAGAAAUUUGUGCUUCAAGGCAAAUUGAUUGUUGAGGAGCACUAUGCAAGUGCACAGUUUGCUGACCCAGAGCUGACUGCAGGAUAAAAACAACAUGAUUGUUGUCUCAUGAUGAGACUUAAAAUUAAAUAAAUGAAAAUACCAAAUACUUCCCUGUCCAGAGCGUUCAGUGAAAAAAUCAGAUAGUAUGAUGUUAAAGCCUGACAGUUUAUUCUUAAUCUUUGCCCUCCGGGAUUAUGUUACUGCAAAUUUAAAAAUAUGAUCUGAUUCAGCAAUUCUCAGUCCUGGUGAAUGUUGUCUAUUUGUGGAAUGUUUAUCUUACUGGCCAAGUAGAUGGUUUAAAGUAUGGAUUAAGAGUAAAGUAAUAAUAAAAGAAACAUUUUUGAACAAUGUGCAGACACCUGAGUUGCAAGUAUUUCAUCAGAAUCGUGCUCAGCUUGUAAUUCCUACCUAUGUUGUUUCAAGCUAUUUGUUCAGAACUUUCCUAAUUUUCCCUUUGUUUCUUUUGUUUGUUUGCUUGAUACGUGUUUUGCCUUUGGUUGCCUUUCAUUUCACUAUUUCUGCAUCCGCUGCUUCUUUUUUUGUGUGUGCGUUGUGUGUUUGGGGAAGGGUAUGUCUGUUCAAGAUCUCGUUGUUUAUUGUAGAUAAAAUAUAAGGUGUUGUGGAAUAGCAUGGGGAUGCAUUUGAUUGAAAAGGCACUGUAGUGUUUCCUGAAAAAGAAGGGGAGUUGCAUUUGUUUAUAAAUGCAUUACUUUGGUACUACAACUUUGAACAUGAUUUUGGAUUUUUUUUUCUUUUUUUUUUUUUUUUUUUAAUGAGCAUAUAGUCAUGCAGGUGCAUGCGUUCUUAAGCUAGCAAGCCCCGCAUGUUUUUCUUAUGGCUUUUGAAAAUUUGGUACACAGUCUGUGUACUUUUACAUACCUAUACUAUUUUUAAAAUAUAUUUUUUUGAAAACCAAGUUUUCUUUUUUGUUUUCUCCUCAGUAUACCACGGUAUACCUGGUUUCCACUGUACUUAGACUACCCUGAUCUGCCUCUCCCUUUAUGUAUCUUGUGUAAUAGAUUUUGCAGGAGGUGCCUAGAAAGCAUUGUUGGUUUCCCUAUAAAAAUGUGGUUUGUCCAAAUUCUUUACUGUCUACAUGAUUGAGCGAUGGACUGAUUGCCCUAUUUUUCCUUGAUGAUUUGAGUUGUAAGAGUUGUCCAGCUGUUGCUUAAUAAAAUUUUGCAGACUAGAAAUUC